AGAUGAUCCUUCUUCGUUGAUACUUCAAGACGAAAUCUACUAUAUCUUAGCUCUAAGGAAAUCUGGUGUUUUACCUUGUCGUUUCGAAGGUUAGAAUAUGAGAACAAUUUCGAAUUCUUGCUAAAUGUCAUCUCUCUCCGCAUCGGUUGCAGAGGCUAAUAAGCUUACUUCUAGUGGUUGUUCAUCAGUUCAAAAUCCUAUUCGUUUUGCAAGGCGAGGUGCAUUGCGAGAAAAGAACGUCUCAUAUGUGAAGGGUCAUGAGUUUGUUGCACGAUUCUUAAAGCAGUUCACAUUUUGCGGGCAUUGUAAAGACUUCAUAUGGGGCCUUGGUAUACAAGGUGUUCAGUGCAAAACGUGUCUGUUUACGGUUCAUAAAAGGUGUUAUCAACUAGUUACUUUCCAAUGCCCUGGCGCAGAUACUGGGCCAGAUACAGACUUUGAGAAAAAACACGAUUUCGUGCUGUACACGUACACAAGCCCAACAUUUUGUGAUCACUGUGGUUCUCUUCUUUAUGGUUUGCUACAUCAAGGAUAUAAAUGUAAAAACUGCAAUCUAAAUGUUCAUAAGAGAUGUACAUCUAAGGCUCCACGACUUUGUGGAAUGGAUCAUACAGAAAGGAGAGGCCGGAUGAAGGUUUCAAUUACAGCUCAAACAGGAAGAUUAAAAGUUGAAAGUGAGAACUUACUUUUCAGUUACUUAAUUUACUGAAAAUGAAAGUGACUUUUAAUGCACGAAUUAGCUCAUGAUCAUUUAGUUUCUACAGUCUUACUAAAUUCAAGUUAUCUAACCACUGAGCAAUAAGUGGUUGAUAUAGUUAUACUUGACGGUUAUCAAUCCUC